GACUAAGCUGUGUGGGCUUUAGAGGAAGCGGUUGGAGGGCCGCAGCUCGGUCGCGGAGCUGAGUUGCCGGGAGAACAAGCGGAUAAAUAGCCCUCUAAGUGGAGGAAGAAAGAGAAAAGAGAGAUACUUUUAUUACCUGAAAGUGGACUUUGAAUUACAAGAAUCAUGAGCAACUACAGCGUAUCCUUGGUUGGCCCAGCUCCUUGGGGCUUUCGACUUCAAGGUGGCAAGGACUUCAACAUGCCUUUGACCAUCUCUAGUCUAAAGGAUGGUGGUAAAGCAUCUCAAGCUCAUGUGAGAAUAGGAGAUGUGGUUCUUAGCAUCGAUGGGAUAAGUGCUCAGGGAAUGACACAUCUUGAAGCACAGAACAAGAUUAAGGCUUGUACAGGCUCUUUGAACAUGACUCUACAAAGAGCAUCUACUACACCAAAGCCUGAACCAGUUUCAGUUCAGAAGGGAGAACCCAAAGAAGUAGUUAAGCCUGUACCCAUUGCAUCCUCUGCUGUGUCCAAAGUCACUUCCACAUCCAACCUGGCCUACAAUAAGGCACCACGGCCUUUUGGAGUUGUAUCUUCUCCAAAAGUCACAUCCAUCCCGUCACCAUCAUCUGCCUUCACCCCAGCCCAUGCGACCUCUUCAUCACAUGCUUCCCCUCCACCAGUGGCUGCUGUCACACCUCCCCCAUUUGCUACAUCUGGACUGCAUGCUAAUGCCAAAUCUAGCGCCGACCAGCCUUUUCCUGCCUUGAGCUCUGUUAAAACUGCAGUUAAUGUCCCAUGGCAGCCCGCAGCCACGAGCCCUUAUGCCAACGACACUGCCCAGGAGCUAACUGACGGGCAGAGAAGAGGACCACAGGCUGACAAUAAACAGCAAAAUGGGACAACCCUACCUAAACGACCACCAAGGAAGCAUAUCGUGGAACGUAAUACAGAGUUUUACCACAUACCUACUCACAGUGAUGCAAGUAAAAAACGAUUGAUUGAGGAUACUGAAGAUUGGCAUCCAAGGACAGGAACCACACAGUCUCGUUCUUUCCGAAUCCUGGCUCAGAUCACUGGCACUGAACACCUGAACGAAUCAGAGAAUGAUAAUAUAAAGAAGACAAACAAUAUUCAGGAUCCCUCCCAGCCUACAGCUUCUACUGUGGCCUCAUCCAGAAACGUGUCACAGGGCCCAGAAAGUCAUGUUGCUUCUAGACCUGGAGUGGCCAGCCUCACCACUGCAGCAGCUUUCAAACCUUCAGGAUCCACAAAUGUCAUCAAGUCACCUAAUUGGCAACGUCAGAACCCACCAGCUCCAUCAACUGGAAGAAUCUCAAACAUUACACCAUCUGGAGCAACUGCACCAACCAGUUCAGUCCAGCCUCAACUAAAUGAACAAGACACUUUUGUGCAGAGAGCUGAACACAUUCCAGCAGGGAAACGUACUCCAAUGUGUGCCCAGUGUAACCAAGUCAUCAGAGGACCUUUCCUAGUGGCAUUGGGAAAAUCCUGGCAUCCAGAAGAAUUUAACUGUGCCCACUGCAAAAACACCAUGGCUUACAUUGGAUUUGUGGAAGAGAAGGGAGCCCUGUAUUGUGAGCUGUGCUAUGAGAAAUUUUUUGCCCCUGAAUGUGUUCGCUGCCAAAGGAAAAUCCUGGGAGAAGUCAUCAAUGCUUUGAAACAGACUUGGCACGUUUCCUGUUUUGUGUGUGUGGCCUGCAAUAAACCCAUUCGAAACAAUGUUUUCCACUUGGAAGAUGGUGAUCCCUACUGUGAAACAGAUUAUUAUGCUCUAUUCGGUACCAUAUGCCAUGGAUGUGAAUUUCCCAUAGAAGCUGGUGACCUGUUUCUUGAAGCUCUGGGUCACACCUGGCAUGAUACAUGUUUUGUAUGUUCGGUAUGUUCUGACAGUUUGGAAGGUCAGACUUUUUUCUCCAAGAAGGAUAAACCACUGUGCAAGAAACAUGCUCAUUCUAUGAAUUUCUGAAAGGAAAUGAGAAGAAGAAAAAAUUGAAGAGUAAAAAAGAAAAUGGAUUGUACUAGUAGCUAUUUUUUGUAGGCUAAUAUUCAAUCACUUUGAAAAAAUAUACAGAAAGGAUAAUUGCCAACUUUUUAUACCUUUAUAUGGAAAAUUUGGACAUAUAAAAUGGAGAGAGGGAGAUGACAUAGAAACUUAAGAUUUUUCAUGACAUUUUCUGCCAAUGAAAUAGCUAUCAGCCUGUAUUUACUAACUGAAUAAUACUGUUCAUCUUGAAAGAACUGGAUGAAGAAACUUUUUUUUUUUGAUGAAUCAUGCUUUAUGUUGAGACUUCAAUUCAUCUCCUCCUGCCUCCCAAUAAAAACAAAAUAACAAUCAGUUUAUAGAUAGAUGUUAAGUAAAUCUGGGGGAGAAAUAUAUUAAAAUACCUCAAAUUUUUCCAUUUGUAUGAGAAAUUUAAAAGCAAACAAAAUGAGAUUUCUUCCUUCAUUAAGUAAUAGGUUUCAGUCUUUAUUUUUUUAAAAAACUUUCUGGGUAGCUAUGCUAAGAAUUGAUCACUCAUUGGAAGAAAUGCCAAGGAAUUGCAAAAUGAGCAAAUUUUUUUUUUAGUGAUGUAUUAAUAAGGAAAGUUUUCCUCUCCUAUGCAAACAUCUAUUGGAACUCAUAUAUAAACUAUGUAAGUUAACUUUUUAGCAGCAAAAAAGGUGAAUGCUUAGAAAGUUGAGCUUCUUUCCCUUUAAAGGGGAAGGUAUUGUGGGGGGUAGUUGAAGAGAUAGGUUCCUUCAGGUGCUUUUGCAAACCUUCAGACACUACAUAAAUGACAAUUGUUAUCUUUAAUAACUUUAGAAAGAUUAUAAUGAGUUCAAAGAACUAGUUCUUGGGCAUAUCAACACCUUUUUAAAAAUGUGCUGCCUCUUGUUGAAUAGCCACAUUUGAUAUUUAAAAAAGAAAUCUUUUUAUGUAGCUGUGCUAUAAAUUCAUUGCUUUUGGAAAGAAAUUUUGAGGAAGUGGAUUUUAUCUAAAUCUCUUCCUAUCACUUUCUCGAUUGAUAAAUCAGAGGAUCUUGUAAGAGUUAAAAGACUGAUAGGUUGGAAGAUAAAGAGUUUUAUUUGGAGACAAGAUUUUUCUAAAAGUACGCGAUUUGGAAAUUAAUUUAAAAGAUGAAAAAAAUCACUUGAGAUUUCAUUAAAAAUAGUUUUUUAAUUAUUGAGGGUUAGUAAUAAUAAGUGCACUUUUCAAAUUAAAUGCAAAAACAUUUCAUUUGAAAAUUUUGUGAUAUUAUGGAUAGAAAAGUGAUGACUAUUGGCACAUUAUUUGCUUUCCAUAUUUUGAAUUUAAAAUUAUGUAUAGAUCCGAGGAGAGAGAGAAAUUAUGAAAAUAUUAGUUCUCUGUCCCAAAGUCUUAAAGCAGUUUAAAUCUCAAAAUUUUAAACUGUCUUAACAUUUUCAGGAUGCUCUAUAUAUAUUAGUUUUAUAACAAAUAUGCAGGGCAUUUAAUAGUUUGUUAGUUUGGGUUUUUUCCCUCCUGUUUUUAGUGAACAGAAGGUAAGUCAGUCUGACUUCUUUGUGAUUCUAAGUUUCCAUCUUAGACUUGUAGGGCAAGGUGUUUCUAAAAGGGGAUGGGAACCUAAACUCGAUCCUGGCCCAUCACUCACUCCCCUGCCUGUCUUCCAUUGUGUGCCUGUUUGUUCUGGAGUAAAGGUUGAAACUGACCUCUUUGUUUAACCUCCCCAAACUUGAAAGGCAGCUCUGCUGACAGCUGUUAAUUUAUGGUCUUAACCAAUUUAUGUUAUAUGUGGAUUAUAAUUAACUUAAAUAAAUCAGAACAGGAGACACAAGGAUAAAUCUGCCAAACCAAAAAGCAAUCAAACACCUCCUGGUUUCUUUGUCUCUAGUAAGGGAUGAGAGCAUCCUGGGGACUCAGCCGGUUCCCCCUUGCUCUUGACAGCUGCAUACCUGCAAAGGGGCCUCUGGGACAUUUCACCUCCUACAAAGUCUGCAGUUUUUGAGCAAUUCAAAAUGUAUUUCUAACCUGCUUUGGUAUGUUUGUUUGUUUUUCUGUUUGUUUUAGGACUGCAUACCAAGAUCUUAUUCGAUAGCCUAUGACAUUUGUGUACUUUAUAAAAAUUCUUUCCUAGAUUUUGGAUGAAGUUAUGCUUUCGGGACUUUUUUUCUUAUUUAAAGAAGUAUCCUUCUCUCUUCCUCCUCUUCCCCCAGCACACACACUCAUAUUUGUUGAUGAUCGUGUUGGUGCCUUACUUCUAACGUCCAUUCUUCGGUCAGGGGAGAAGCUGCUGCCGAAUUUAUAAUUCUCUUUUUGUGCUUUGUCUCUCUCCUAACUAAGUUAUUAGAAAUGUCAAAUUAUUGUCAAAUCACUAAUCCCAUGGAAAUAAGUUAUGUCUACUGCUCAUAAACCAAAAGGAUUCGUGUAUUUCCCCUCCCCCUCCCACCCAAAAAAGGGUAGAUUGUAAUACAUGAGGGUUAAUCUUUUAAUACUUGGCAUUUAUUGUUCAGGUUGUCUCCCUGAGUAUUUAUUAUUCUGGUUAUAGAUAGCCCCUAGAUCAAUAGCCUUUUCUGUUUUUGUUUCUUCUUUGUAGUUCAUUUGCUUUUAAUUCUCUUAAUGUAUGUUUUUGGAUGCGAGAAUUGUUAACACAAUUUUAAAAUGUACUAUAUGGCCCUAGAUUGAGAGUGAUCACCAAAAGUUUUCCAAGUUGUCAAAUUGGGUUCUCCAAGGUAUAGUGGAUGUUACUACCAGAAGCCUAACUUGAAAAUUUUCUCUCUUAACUUGGGAAUUUCCAGGUUCCAUAAGCCACAAGCGCCCUUUCCUCUCAACUGCCCAUAAGCCCUGAUGGUUCAGACUUCAUAUGAAAGCUGACGCUAAACUUUAAUUCUUAAGAAAUGUUGGGGUAUGAGCUUAAAUUAAGACAACAGAUUUUGAAUUUUUAAAAAAUUAUUCAUGCAGCGUUAUCUAUAAAAUUAUUUAUAAUGAGAAUAUAUUAAUAUACACAUUUUAUAACAGUUGAGGUACUCCAGCUGUAUUCAUUAUGCACACUGUCUCUAAGGAACUUUCUCUAUCUUUGCUCUUGUGUGAACCUAGAUAUAAUUAGAACAAUCUGACCAUAUUGUGUGGAGUAAAUGUCUCAGUACAUGAAUUUUGGAGAACAUUUUCCCUGGUUACUUUCCAGGCAUAUACAAAUAAAGAAAAUACAUAAAUUUAUAGAAGAAAAUUGCCAAACCAUCAAUUUAUUUCUGCUCGAUUUGUUUAAAAGGUUUGGGAUUUCUAAGUAUCAUUUUCCUUCUCUAUUAACUUGACUUUGGCUUGUUUCUGUUUAUGUUACUAAAAACUGUAUUCUAAUCAGUUUUGCUUUUGGAUGAAUAUACUAAAUACAUAUAAGCAGCAUGCUGAGCAGAACAAUAUCUUUAUGUACAUAAUAAAUCAUAAAUAACUUCAUAAUAAAUAGCUAUGGUGUUUGAAAAAAA